AUGACGGUGAAGUUGGAGCGAGCUCUGUCCGACCUCUACCUGGAGACAUUGCUGCAGAGCAAGGCCGCCCCUCCGGCUCUGUCCUCCUCCGGGACUCUCCCCGAGGAAUGUCCGACCAGCAAUGGAUGUCCGGAGGAGAAGAGGAAGGCCCGCCUGGUCCAGUUCCAGAGGAACACCGAGGAGCCCAUGGGUAUCACCCUCAAGUUGAAUUCGCAGCAGAAAUGUGUCGUUGCACGGAUCCUAUAUGGUGGCCUUAUUCACAGACAAGGUUCACUUCAUGUUGGGGAUGAAAUCCUUGAGAUCAAUGGAAAGAGCGUCCAAAGCCAAAGUGUCGAUCACCUGCAGAGUGUAUUUGAAAGAAAGUAAAGGAACGGUGAUGCUGAAGGUUUCCCCCACACAAAGUAACCGCAAGCCACCCCUACAGAUGUUUGUGAGAGCGCUGUUUGAUUACGACCCUCUCUCGGACCCGCUCAUUCCUUGCCGGGAGGCCGGGCUGCGUUUCCGCACUGGAGAUGUAUUGCAAAUCAUAAACAAAGACGACGCCAACUGGUGGCAAGGGAAGACGCAAGGGGCGGAGACUGCUGGUCUUCUACCCUCCCCUGAGCUGCAAGAGUGGCGCGUGGCGAGUUCGAAUACAAACAACCAGAUACCUCAGACCUGCAGCCCCUUUAGCAAAAAGAAGAAAUGCAAGGAUAAGUAUCUUGCAAAACACAGCUCCAUAUUUGACCAGCUCGAUGUGGUGUUGUACGAAGAAGUGGUGUCUCUGCCGGCAUUCACACGGAAAACCCUGGUGCUGAUUGGUGUCAGCGGAGUGGGUCGUAGUCACAUCAAAAAUACUUUACUUACUAAAUAUCCGGAGAGAUUUUCUUAUCCUUCACCACACACCUCCCGGCCACCUAAGCGCGGAGAAGAAGACGGGGCGGCCUAUCAUUUUGUGUCUGUGGAUGACAUGAGCAAAGCAAUCUCAGAAAAUCUGUUUAUGGAGUUCGGGAGCUUUAAUGGCUACAUGUUUGGGACAAAAUUCCAGACUGUAACAGACAUACAUAAAGAAGGGAAGGUGGCUCUUCUGGAUAUAGAACCUCAGACUCUGAAGAUGGUGCGCACAGCAGAACUGGCUCCGUUCAUUGUGUUUGUGUCUCCUACGGAUGCUGACAAAUCGGAUGCACUGCAGAAGCUUCGUACCGACUCUGACGUCCUCCGCACUCGCUAUGCACAGUACUUUGAUCUGACUCUGGUCAAUAAUGACGUGGAACAGACUGUGAACGACCUACUCGAAGCUUUUGAUGCUGCAUGUGCCUCUCCCCAGUGGGGUCCCCGGUGUCUUGGGUAUAUU